CUCUAAUUUCCCCUUCCCAAAUUACAAUUGCAAUUUGCAAACUCAGAAGAGUACCUCGAGACGAGAGAUCAGAGUCGGUCGUCUCCUUCGCAACUCCUCCACUCCAGUAGUCCAGUCGGCAGUCUCCAGACUCCAGAUGGCGGAAAUCUCAGAAUUCAAAUAUGCUUAUUUCAUUUCCGGAGUAGAAAUAAUUCGGAUUAAAAUCCCUAUGACAUCUAAUAGUUUUAAACACGAAGUCGAGCUUGUGUUCUCUAAUCCAUCUCAACCUCUUCCAAGAGACGCCAAGACUUGUUUUCAAACAUCUAAGUUCAACACCAUAAAUUCAGAUUCAGAAUGGGAGGAUUGCAAGUCCAUGGUGGACAAAUUUAAAGAGAAAAAUAUUCCUUUUCCCUUCUUACAUGUUGGCGAUAUGGGGAUUUCGAAUGAAUUGGCUGAUAACACUUGGAUUCUAGUCGCCCUUAAUGGUGGUGUUCUGCCCAUUGCAUAUAAUGUUCACCUUAGUGAUAAGGGUGAUAUUGAUCCUAUAUCUCAUAGGGUUCUGGCUGAACUUCAUACUUCGGAUGUUCAUAAGUAUGGCUUAGAAAAUGAUUGGAAACAAUUAGCUGAUAUGGGAGGUGGAAGGUUUUGUGUGAUGUGCUGUGCUUUAGAUGAAGAUUUUUUGAUAUACGGCUUCGAAAUUGAUUUUGAACUUGAAUGGACCAUUCAAAGUGAUAAAACUAAAGUGAGUUCGUCAUCUAUUAUUUUCAAAAUGGAAUUCGAUCAUAAUUACCCCAUCCCUUUGAAGAGUCAACUUACCGGUUUCUGUAUAGCCUCUGCUCCGCCUCCUCUUGCAUCUCCUAGCUCUGCUCCUCCUCCUCUUGUAUCUCCCGACAGUGAAGACCAAGACAAGAAUGAUAGGAAGAGUAAGAGAAAAUGGGGGAGUGGAUUGUUUGUAUAUUUACUUCCAACUAUGUCAGCUCUGCUCCUCCACCUCAUCUGGGGCCGCUGAGCUUGCAGUGUGGUGGAGGGCCUAUCUGACUGCCGGUCCCUUAGUUGUAUACUCACCAAGUUGGAAAUUACAAAGCUGGUCUCAGGCAUGUUAUAUUUCGGCUACAUGUUGAUUGAGUCAUAUGCCUUGUUUGUUUAAACCGGGACAAUUGGCUUUUAUGCAUGCAUGCUUGCUUCUGGUUUGUUUGUAAGAUAUACUCUGUCUGUGAAGAUUGACUGAUGGCACAAAGUACGUACUCAAUUACUAGUGAUGAAGUUGAUUGAUAAGCAUUUUCUUGUCUUAGGAUUUGUGAACUUGUGGAUUAAUAUAUGGAACAUGCAUGCUCUGAUCUUGGUUAUGAAUAUUUUAGAUUCCAUUUCUUUAA